AGGCCACUCGAUUGCGCGAUUCUUUGCUUCGAUUGUGUGCAUCACUGAUGAUCAAAAUUUUGUUUUUCCAAUUGUAAUAGUUCGCCAAAGUUUGGAUUGACGAGACUCGUUUGAUCUGUAUAUUUUGAUUUUCCGCCAGACUGGGCUACUUACUUGUUACUUGACUUGGAAAAAGGUCUCAAAGGGUUAUAGGACUUCAUAAAGGAGGCUGUGGAACUCAGAUAUAUUUCACAUAGCUGGUGGAGAACUACUACUCACCAUGUCUUCAAAAGGGUUGGAAAUGCCUGUUUCCGGAUCUGACAAGUUGGAAGUCCCUGUUCUUGGAUGUCGCUUCAGUGAGAAGGCUGAACAUUUACCAAUUAAGAAAAGGAGAUUUGUAUUUAAAACUUCAUCUCCACCUCAUAACACUGCAUCCUCAGAUGUGCCUGAAAGUGCUGCAGCAUGUCUUGAUUCUUCAAAUCAGGAGAUCCAACCAAGACCAGCUGCAAGUUGCCCAUCUGCUGAAUCUUUGACAGUGGCUUCCCUGUGUCAAAAUGGUAGUGUUGAUAAUAAAGUGCAUGGAGAAAAGUUUGCAAAAACUAGUGACAAUAUUUGUGGCAUAUCUUUAGGCUCAUAUGGGACAAAGAGUCUUGAAGCUCGUGCCACUAUAAAACUUGAACCAAACAGUGUGAACUUGCCCAAUAUUUCUGUUAAAGAAACCGGAUUACAUACAUCAACAGUUCCACUUAAAGAUGGUGAUUGUUCAUCUCCAGACAAGGCCAGAGUGGAUAAUUCCACCCUAGACAAUCAGGUAACAAGUCAGGGGCAGAAGUCUGCUGUUUGUGAUGAGAGAUUAAACUGGGACUUGAAUACUGUAAUGGCAUGGGAAGAAUCACCAGAAUGUGACCACAACAUACACACAACAUAUCCUGAGGGAAACAACACCUGUAAGGAAGGAAAUUCUAAAGUUUGUAAGCAAGAACAGGUAUCUGGAAGUGCAUCUGAAAACUUAGGCAAUAAAAGUUUAGCUAACUUGAGAAGUUCACCUCAUACAAUUCAUGAAAAAGAACCAGAAGAACGCAAACCAAACAGUAAAAAUAUCAACAAACUGUUGUUUCCUGUUAUUCCCAGUGCUCCUCCUCAUGCACCAGUCAACAAUAUAAAAUCCUUGCACGCUCAAAAUCUUGAUAUUUCCAAUAAUGCUGUUCCUAGUAUUGUCAAAGUGGAGCAUCCAACAUGUGACAUUUCCAAAAAUCACAAGAAUGGUAAUGAUUUGGUAUUUCCUAUGACUGUUAACACAGGCUUUUCAUUGGACUAUUCUGUACCCCUGGGUUUUAAUCCUUCCAUAAACACACGUCCCUUGGAAGAAGAAAAUGUUGUUUCAGGGAGUAAUGUGAAUCAUGCUAUUACUACUCCACUACAAACAACCGAGAAUGAGAAUCUUAAUUUAUCACUUGUCACUGUGGCCUCUCUAGAAAAUGAAGUUCAUCAAAGUGGAACUAGUUUUGAAGAAGAUGAUAAAACUAAGGUCAAAAGAUUAAUUACUAGCAAUUGCAUGACCAUGGAGAAUUUGAUUGACAAAGGGAGUCCAAGGACUCCCCAAGAUGCUUACAAAGCAAUAAACCAGUCUACCAUUGGUUCACUUUUUGCCAUACAAUCAUCAGUGUUACCAGAAGGUGAAGAAGAUCAACCUUGUUCUGAUGCUCUUCAAGUCAAACCUGAAAAGUCAGCAUCAACUCCACCAUCUGUAAGUCAUAAUAACAAAGAAGCAUGCCAAGUGGGUGUGGACAAUGGUAUUGAGAAUUUUCCUAGUGACAUUCAAGGAAGUGAGGUUGAUAAUGUAGAGGAAUUGUCAGUUGGAUAUGAUUCUCAAUUUGAAGAUGGAGAAGUGAGAGGGGAAUCAAGCAUACAGACAUGGGAAGGAUCCGGAUCCGAGGGCGACAAUAGAGAAAACGAACAUGAACACAAUUCCCAAUGUGUAGCACCAGAAAGCUCUUCAAGAAUAAGAUCCAACACUGAUAUGGCCUCCUCUCAAAAGGGAACCGAUGAAAUUUCCAUUUCCAGUGUAGUUUUGGCUGAACAAGUAUCUAAUUCUACUGAACCAAACGAGACAAAUACAAGAGAAGUUAGCAUGAAGGAUGAAAGUGAAUCAGAUCAAUGGAAGAUGAAUGUAUCAGGAUCUGAGGAUUACAAUGUUGCCAGGAUGAAAGACUUGCCAAGUAUAAAGUUGUAUAAUAAAAGAGAAACACCAACAACAACAGCACGUGAUGUGUUUAUUAACAGGGGUAGUAGAUUCCGGAUGCAAGGCCACUACAGUUCAAACAAUGGAGGUGAUGAUUCGGCUUCAAGAUCUAGAGAAGCAGGGUUAGUAAGAUCAUCAUCCUUUAGACGUGGUAAUAACAGAAAAUACUCUCCGCAUGUCCGUGCUGGUAACCGUGGAGGUGCGACAUGGAAUCGUUCCCCAGGAAGAGACAACAGGGAACCACCUUUGCCUUUCUUCCGCGAUGUCGAGACUCUGACAAACGAAGUCUGUUUGGAUCAAAAUCAAAACGAUGAUGUCAUCAUCCGACCCGGUGCUCCGUAUCGUCAAUCUUUCAGAACCAGAUUAGUAGGAAACCGAGAGGAAGACGAUUUCCGUGCGCGUUUGGGAUUACGUCCAGCUGGCGACACACGCUUUGUGGGCCGGGGAAGAUCUUUGAGAUAUAAUCCGAGAGGUGUGGGCCCCAGGGUACGUUACAGUGGACCUGCAAACGAUGGAUACAAUGAACAGUUGGAAUAUUCACAUAGUUUUAAAAGGCGGUGCUAUUCUCCAACAGAAAGGAGAGAGAAUCAGAAUCAGCCGUGUGUGCAUCACCAUUCUGGCUCUACAUCUCCUCCAAGAUCAUGUACUCGUAGUAGAUCGCCUAGAAUUCGAAGGCCGAGAUCUCCCAAUUUCCGUUUUGAAGGAGUAGAUGGAGGAUAUAAUAAUAAUCAUGAUAACAACUUGUCUCCGGGUAGUACUAAUACCAGAUGGGUGAAAUACAAACAACGAACUACUGUUUUUAACAGAUCACCUCCUCCACCAAUUGGGGAGAGGUUAAGUUUUUAUGAUUCUUCAAGAAAAACAAAAGAGAAUGAGAAUUACAGAUCUGGGCAUCCUGGAAGAUUUUCUGAUGUGAUGGAUCAUCAUCAUGGGUAUAGGCGGGGUGGGUUUGUUAAACGGAAUGAAAUGGGUAGGCCUUUGAAACAUAAUAAUGAGUAUGAUGAGGAAGAUGGUUAUGGUCCAGUGGAAGGUAUGGACUUCCAUGGGAGAGGAAACCCUAAACCUUAUACUAAUGGGACUGACACUAGGUUUCGUGACCUUCCAAGAAGGGCUAGAGAAGAGAGAGAGAAUUGGUGAGAGGUAACCAAACAUCACAGGUCACCACCAAUCAUCACCCAAUGAGAGAGAGAGAGAGAGAGAGAGAGAGAGAGAGAGGGUUAAGAGAGAAUGAUGACGUAUCCAUCAAUGGAUGGAAGCUUCUAGAAGAGAGAACAGAUGAGUGAUAGAGGUGUGGUUUACAAAAAGUGAUGGAGCUUUGAAAGGUUGUCUAUACUCUAUAUAUAUAGAAGAGACUAUUUCGAUUAUGUUUUGUGAAUUGGUCUCUCUCCCUUGACAAAGUUGAGACAGAAAGUUAGAAAUGUUGCUAAAGUUCAUCACUGAUAUAUGAUCCACUUAGGGUGCUUUUAUGGGGGUUCUUAAUGGGUUGUAACUAAGGCGUGUUUUCUUGUUUAAGUGCUGUAUGGAUAAAUGAUAUAUACGAAGGUGAUAAGUUUUCUUGUUAAGUGUUGGAUGGAUAGAGAAGUUAGAACUUAAAAGGAUACAUCGUUAACGCAUCUCAAAAGUCAAAUCCAUUCUCAAAACCCUUUUUUACAUUGAAUUUGAUGUUAAAUCAUUCCAAGCCAAAAUCAAUUCAUUGGUAAAACACUAUAUUGUUGGUGUUAAACUUAUUGCUGUAAGAUUUAGGGGGUG